UGGAGUGUUAAAGUCGAAACCCUAGACUCCUUUGAAUCCGAUCUCUGCAAAUCGGAGACAAAGUCGAAUUCAAUUGCGAUUUAGCCAAUGUCGUCGUCCCCAGAAAGGAAGAGGAAGAGGCCGAAGAAGAAAUCGUCUCUUAACGAGCCGCGGGUACUCGAGCCGGCGCGGGAACCGACUCAAAAUCCGUCACUUCCCGAUGAUUUGAUAGUAAGUUGUUUAGCUCGCGUCUCGAGAUUGGAAUACCCAAAACUCUCACUCGUCUCAAAGAGCUUUCGAUCUCUCCUUGCUUCACCGGAGCUUUACAAGACCCGAUCCUCUUUAGCCCUCACAGAGAGUUGUCUCUAUGUAUGCAUAAGCUUCGCUAAUGACUCUAUCCAUCACUGGUUCACCCUCUGCCGGAAACCUGAUCGAACCCUAACCACCAACAAGAGGAAGAAGAAGCCAAGUGGGUAUGUUUUAGCUAAACUCCCAACUCACCAUUCUCGCUCUGCCCACUGGUCGGGUCUAGUGACAGUUGGUUCAGAUAUCUAUAACAUUGGUGGACCCGUAGGCGACGACAAAAAGCCAUCCUCUAGCAUCUCAAUCCUUGACUGUCGGUCCAACACGUGGCGUGAAGGUCCGAGCUUGCUGGUGAAGCGGAACUACCCACACGCCAAUGUAAUUGAUGGAAAGAUAUAUGUAACCGGAGACUCCAACUCUAGUUCUCCCCAGUGGAUGGAAGUUUUCGAUCCAAAAACACAAACUUGGGAGCUUGUGUCUAGCCCCCCUGCGCAGAUACGACUUCUAUAUGAUCAUAUAAGUACAAGCGCGGGGAUUGACGGAAAGGUACACAUUUUCGGAUCCUCUAAUGGCUUGGCUUACGACACGAGGGAAGGUCGAUGGGAAAGUGUGGGGAUGGAGAUGAGUUCGGAAUGGGUUUGGUUUUCUUACUGUGUGGUUCAGAACGUUAUUUACUUUUAUUACGACGGAGAGUUCAAAUGGUAUGAUACUAAGGCAAGACUCUGGAGAGUUUUGAAGGGUUUGAAAGGCCUUCCUAAGUUUCCACGUUAUAUUGCGAGAUUGGCAGCUUAUGAUGGUGGGAAGAUGGCUGUUUUUUGGGACAGGGUUGUCGCUUCCACUGGUUAUGUGGACAAGAUGAUUUGGUGCGCGGUGAUUGCACUUGAAAGACGCAACGAUGAAGAGAUUUGGGGUAAGGUUGAGUGGAAGGACGCUGUGCUUAAAGUCCCCAAGUCAUGUAGAAUUAACCAUACUCUUGCUGCUACCCUUUGAUGACUGACUUUAUGGGACCGACUUGAAUCUUUAAUGGUCACUUUGUUCUGUAAUUCUGUCUUAGUUGUUACCUUAUGCGGUAGACAUCAUUUCACUUCUGUAAACCUUUGACGGCUUAGACUAUCUUGUGACCUAUUGAAUAUGUUUUUGUUGAGUAGAAUGUUCACUAUUUUCUUGGGCCAAAAGAUGCAAAAUUGAUUGUUGUUUGGUGACAAUCAGGUGUGUACGUAUUGUUGGUUUUCUGUAUCUUAGUCAUGUAGAAUUAACUAUGCUCUUGCUGCUACCGUUUGAUUACUGACUUUAUGAGACC